AUGGGAAAUGAAACCGGUGCAAAUUCGAACAGUUCGCCUGUACAGGGUGAUAUAGCUGACUUGGUGCGCGCAAUGCUCGAACAGAACAGACUGCGUGAGCAGCAGAUGGAGCAAAUAAUAACCAAAUUAAUGGACAACCAGAAAACGACGACACCGAUGAUGCUACCUAAUCUGACGAAAACGAUCCCAAUGUUUAAUGGCGAAACAGGUGAUACUGAUGCGGCUGCGGAGUGGUUGAAUGCGUUGAAAACCGCCGCGCAAUUAAACGGUUGGCCUGAUGAGAGUACGUUGGAAGCGAGACGCUCUUAUUUAGAGGGAGCAGCGAGGAACUGGUAUCUCAGUCACAUGGUUGAACUAAACACUUUUGCUAAAUUCUCUAAAUCGUUCAAAGCUAUGUUUAUGGCACCAGAAGAAGUAACAGAAACAUGGAAGAGAAUGUACGAGCGUGUACAACAAAAGAAUGAAACGGUUUUCGCUUAUUUCCACGACAAAGUGCGGAUGUGUCGCCGGUUGAAAUUAUCCAUGAGUGAAACCAAGAAAAUGAUUUGCGUCGGGUUACAUUCUCGAGAUAUGUUAAGUGCAUUAAUGAGUAAUGGACAUGUACGUGAAGAGGAGUUGAUGGCUGACAUUCGUGAAUACAACGAGGUGAGUUUAAUACGUGGUGAACGUUUCCGUAGUACGUCGACACCGAGUAGACAAUUACUCGCCGCGAAAAGUACAAGUGUACCGAAGGUCGGUACGGAUAAACAGAAUACAAUUACAAGUAGUCGAAUUAAGAAAGAGUUGCGUAAAACUUAUGAUGGACCUCGUUGUUACAAUUGUCAACUGACCGGACAUGUUGCAAGGGAUUGUACGCAACCACGACGACCACUUAAAUGCACUAAGUGUAAAUUGGAAGGACAUACAUCUAAAUAUUGUGAAGUAGCCAAUACGCCGGAUGUGAGUCUAGUGAGUUGUCAAACUAAAAGUAAAUUCAUGUAUUACAUUAAAGAAGUGCGUAUCAACGACAACAAGAAAACCGUCCGAGGUCUAGUCGAUACCGGUAGUGCUUUCACUAUUAUAACAAAGACUAUUGCAAAGUCCUAUGGUCUUGAGGUGCGACCUAAAACGGUAAACAUGUACGUCUACGGAAAUGCUCAGUCAAUAGCAAGUUAUGGUGAAACACAAGCGACCAUCAAUAUUGAUGAAGUGAGUGAGCUCAUCACACUGGUGGUAGUAGACGACCAAAUCCAACAAUACGAUAUAAUAAUUGGGCGUUCCUUUACUGACUGUGAAAAUGUCACAUUUAUUAAAACAACGGAUCAAUUACAGUUUGCCUACUGUAUGAUGAUGCCAUAUCAGGAGGGAGGUGUUCCAUAUGAGUCCACUAGUAAACAAAUAGUGCGAGUGGUUGGCGAAAACGAAAACAUACCGGCCAAUAGUAUGAAGAUGAUAAAGGUAAAUGCAGGUGACCAUGAUGUAGAGGUAAUGCUCAUCAAUGAGGAAGAUACUGCGAUAAGGCUGAACAGGGAUCAAUCGGUAGGAGUUAUCCGAGGUGGUCGGAAGUCUACUGAAAACAACCAUGAUGUAAAGACACCCAUAACUACGGAGAUGGUGAAGUAUGGUUCGACACUUUCCAGUGACGAAGUAGACAGAUUAGUGCAUUUACUAAAUCGAUACCGUGAGUGUUUCGCAUUUAAUUUAAAUGAGCUCGGGUGUACCGAUGUUCUAGCGAUGAAUAUUGUGGAUGAUGGUAAACCGGUGAUGAGCAAACCAUACCGAGCCAGCGCAUCUGAACGAGAAACAAUUAGUCGCAUAGUACAGGAGUGGAAGGAGGCGGGCAUUGUCACUGAAACAAAAUCAGCUUAUGCGUCACCAGUACUAUUAGUUACAAAAAAAGAUGUCGACGCAAGACUUGUGGUUGACUAUAGAAAGUUGAAUGCUCAAACGGUGAGAAAAGUUUUUCCUACUCCUAAUAUAGACGAGCACCUGGAAACACUACAUGGAGCAACGUUGUUUACGACUCUUGAUCUUGCCUCCGGUUACCUACAGGUACCUCUAACUGAAACGUCUAAAGAGAAAACUGCGUUUAUCACACCGAGUGAGUCGGGUCAAUUCGAGCGAAUGGUUUUCGGUCUCAUCAACGCACCCUAUGAAUUUUCGAAGUUGAUGCAACGGAUAUUACAACCAUUGAAAAACAAAGUCGCUAUGUGGUACUUGGACGAUAUUUUGGUACCAUCAACAUCGUUCCAGGACUUGAUAAAUCGGUUGAGUCAAGUAUUCGAUGCACUUAGAGAAGCAAAACUGACUCUCAAGUUGAGUAAAUGUCAUUUUGGAUGCACUGAAGUAGCAUAUUUAGGAUUUAUGUUGUCAGCAGCUGGAGUGAGGCCUGGUGAUCAAAAGGCCAUAGCCAUACAACAAUAUCCAAAACCUAAAAACAAACAUGAAGUGAGACGAUUUCUUGGUUUAUUUGGGUUUUUCAGAAGGUUCAUUCCACGUUAUGCGGAGAUAGCCCGACCAAUAAGCGACUUACUUCGGGAUAAUGAGCAAUUUGUGUGGACAGAGACUCAGGAGGAAGCGUACAACAAUCUGAAGGACAGGUUGGUCAGUAAACCAGUGCUCCAAGUCUUCAACCCUAAUGCGGAUACUGAAUUACACUGUGACGCUAGCAGUGUGGGUCUGAGUGGCAUGUUGCUUCAACGAGGUGAAGGUAAGAGGUUACACUUGUUGCAUGCUGUAUCAAAAAAGACUACCUCAGCUGAACGACAUUACCACUCGAGCAAGCAGGAGCUAAUGGCAGUGGUCUGGAGUAUGUGUAGAUUGCGACCUUAUUUAAUUGGGAUUAAAUUUUUAGUUGUUACAGAUUGUCAGGCAAUUGUACAUCUUAAUACCCAAAAGACUCUGAACCCCCAAGCAGCGCGUUGGGCAACGCUUCUAAGUGAGUAUAAUUUUGAUAUAAAGCAUCGUCCAUAG